AUGAAGAUGAAGAUGAAGGCCGUGAAUUUCACGUACUACCUGCACGACGACUUCGUGCCGCCCAACGUUACGGCUGUAGCAGUGGCCGGCGCCAACGCCACUCUCACGGGCCCAUUUCAACUCGGCGAUAUCAUCGUCUUCGACAGCGUUAUCAGAAAGACAGCUUCCAAUGCUUCAGCUCAGAUCGGGCACCACUCCGGCGUUUUAGUCUCACUCAACGAUCCAAGCAAGAAGUUCAUUUCUUUCGCGCUGGACAUCACGAUUCACGGCUACUCCGGAACCAUGUCAGGCUCUGCCAGGAUCGACUUCACCGCGCCGUCUUGGGAGGAGGCCGUCAGCUCUGGCACGGGCUCCUUCAGAGGAGUGUCAGGCUACUUGACAGUCAGCGCAGUGUCUCUCAACUCAGCUUUUCCCGUUCUCAAGUACGAAGCAAAUCUCAUGCUUCCACAUCACUCUUACUGAUUCCAUCACUCGCAAGGCGUUCGAAGCGACUGCAGUCGAGCUUAUGCCUACUUUGCGUAUUCGUGGAGCUGUUAGAAUAAGUUAGAUACUCUGAGUGCUAAAUACAGUGUCAAAGUCAGUGGACACACCUUAUUUGUUAUCCAUUACCGU